UGUGUGUAGAGUUCGUAGCUGUGAGUUUGGAGUCCUCUUCCGAUUUCAUUGUUUUAAAACUUAUGUCGGAACAUUAGAAAGCCGUGAUUUUGGAGAGAGGAGCAAAACGUAGUGUCGAACGCGCUCCGGAAAAUUUACCGGAGGCAGGAGUUUUAGGGACGAGAAAAAAACGGUGCAAAAAUGCCCUGUUUCAGCGAGCGCCUUUUCCCGGCGCCAUCGCCUAAACUGGAUAGUAUAAAAAUCCCGCUAACUACUAUUUCCUCUGGAUUCGGCCGCUGGAAUUUACAGCAAUGGAUUUUGUUAGUUUUGGUAGCGUUUGCGACGAUUAAUGCAGCAGCAUCUCAGACUGAAACAUCUUCUGGAUCGCGACUUAACCCAAAAUUCCCACCACCAAGCCCGACUGAAGCGGAUACACAGAGGGAUAUUAUUGGGAAGAGUAGAUGUGGUGGAUGUGCUGGAGGAUUGUGUAAAUGUUUAGCAGAAAAAGGAUCAAGGGGUUCGCCUGGUUUAACUGGACCCAGUGGCAUACAAGGUAACCCAGGGUUUCCUGGACCCGAGGGUCUUGCUGGACCCAUGGGACUCAAAGGUGAACCUGGACCAUCAGGACCUAUAGGACCAAAAGGAGAUCGGGGUAAAGUUGGCGUCCCCGGGUUCCCAGGAGUUAAUGGUAUUCCUGGUUUGCCUGGUCCACCCGGUCCCCGAGGAAUCGCUGGUUUAGAUGGCUGUAAUGGAACAGCGGGCACACCUGGAAUACCAGGUUUUCCUGGCGAGGAGGGCAAAAUUGGUCCCGGUGGUUCAGACGGUGAGAAGGGAGAGAAGGGUGAGCCGGCGAGGAUCCAAGAUGGAGUCAAGGGAACCAAAGGAGAACCUGGACGCGAUGGACAACCCGGCAUAUCGGGUCGGCCCGGAAAAGAUGGUCAACUGGGAAUGAAGGGUGGAAGAGGCAUAGACGGCCCAGUGGGUCCACCCGGUCCGGUCGGUAAAUCUGGUCCAAAAGGCAACAUGGGCAUUGGUUACCAUGGAAUGAAGGGAGAUCCUGGUAUCCGUGGUCCCCCUGGACCACCUGGACGACCCAAUGGUGGCUCACCAUUCACUGAAGGCAAAGGAUUCAUCACAGGUCCGCCAGGACCCGAGGGGCCCCAAGGGAUGAAAGGAGAGCCCGGCGAUCGUGGAGAUCGAGGUUACGAUGGCCCGUCGGGAUUGUCAGGUUUGCGCGGAGAUUUGGGCAUGAAGGGGGAGAAGGGUGUCCCUGGCAUCGCUGGACCAAGAGGUAAAAUGGGUGUGUCUGGUCAAGAUGGUUUACCAGGCUUCAAGGGAGACAGAGGCAUGGACGGCCAGCCCGGUGUCCCUGGAAUGAUCGGACCAAGGGGAGAUCGUGGUGUCAAUGGAAAAGAUGGCGGGAAGGGAGACAUGGGUCCAGUCGGUCCCCCCGGUGGUGGAGAUGGAAGAAAUGGCCCAGAAGGCCCACCUGGCCCCCCAGGUCUGCCAGGCCUUCCUGGUGACAGUGGUGUGGAUGGUCUCCCAGGCGAAUCUGGCCCCAAAGGUGGCAAAGGAGAAGCUGGCGGUCCUGGGAUCCCUGGGUUGCCAGGGCGACAAGGAGAUGACGGAGCGAAGGGAGACAAGGGCGAUGAAGGUCUUUCUGGUAUCCCAGGACGAGAUGGAGAGCGCGGUUUUGAUGGACGAGCUGGAAGCAAGGGAGAGCCAGGACCAAAAGGUGCCCCAGGUCUGUCGAUACCCGGCCCACGAGGACAGGACGGUCGCUCAGGUCUUGAUGGGUUACCUGGCAGUAAGGGAGAGAAAGGUUUCUCUGGACCUCGGGGUCCCCCUGGUAGUGUGAAAGGUGGCACUCCCGGUGCCCAGGGUCCCCCUGGGCCCAAGGGAGAUACAGGUCUGAAUGGUCUGCCUGGACGCGAAGGACGCCCCGGACGUGAUGGAGAUAAGGGUGACAGAGGUGGCUCUUGCUCUGACUGCCGCCCAGGAAGCAAAGGAGAGAAGGGUAACAUUGGAUUGCCCGGCCGCACCGGUGAGAAGGGUGUGGCAGGCAUCCCUGGCCUGGAUGGUGAGCCGGGCUUCCCUGGUGAUCCAGGUACACCUGGUCUGCCUGGUAUCACUGGUCCUUCUGGUCCUUCAGGAGCUUCUGGCGCAGGAGGUACCAAGGGUGACAAAGGAGACCCCGCCAGAGUCCCAGAUGUUACUCAACCUGGUCCCAAGGGUGAUCGCGGACUUCCUGGUAACUCUGGGGAGCCAGGUUUGCCCGGAGCAGAGGGAGUUGCUGGAGUGCCUGGUCUGUCUGGACUACCAGGGGACAAAGGUGAUAAGGGUGGUGCCGGACUUCCUGGUUUGGAUGGACUGCGUGGUUUAAUUGGACCAAGAGGUCCCGAGGGUCGCAAGGGUGAGCCUGGUAUAGGCCUCGAUGGUCCUAGAGGAGACAAAGGAAAUGGAGGAUUACCCGGUUUGCGUGGAAGAGAUGGAUUGGAUGGUGCUAAGGGAGAGCCAGGAUUCGUCCCGCUUAAUCUGUUGACCAAGGGAACUCAGGGAGAGACUGGACUACCAGGGAAGGAUGGCACUCCAGGAUUAAAUGGAGAGCAGGGAGAGAAAGGUGACCCAGGACGUGAGGGUCGACCAGGUCUUGACGGACUCAUCGGUCCCAAAGGUGCACCUGGUGAGAUUGGACGCGAAGGACGAGAGGGUCUCCCCGGUAGGGAUGGACUGCCUGGAGACAAAGGUCUCCCAGGUAUCAACGGCUUGCCAGGACAACUUGGAAUGAAGGGUGACCCAGGCCGUGACGGUUUGCCCGGUUUCGCAGGAUUGAAGGGAGACGCUGGCCUGCCUGGGCCAGGUCUUACUGGUGAAAAGGGCAGAGUAGGCCCCAUUGGGCCUAAAGGUGAACCUGGUCUACCUGGAAGAGAAGGAAGAGAGGGUCUUCCCUGCGUUUCUGGACCACAGGGAACAAAGGGAGAUCUUGGGCGUGAUGGUUUGCCGGGCCGUGAGGGAGCCAAGGGAGACAAAGGCGGCCCAGGUCCAGGAGGCCUCCCAGGCCUCCCAGGCCCCAAGGGCGAUUCUGGCCUCGACGGAUCUCCAGGACUGAACGGUGUUAAGGGAGAGCCAGGCGUCCCCGGCCAACCUGGUCUCCAGGGAGAGAAGGGAACGCCAGGUCUUCCCGGCCCAGAUGGACCGCGUGGAUUCGCGGGACGUGAAGGACUACCUGGAAGGAAGGGUGAAGGCGGCGUGCCAGGUUUGCCUGGACCAGAGGGACCAAAGGGAGAUAUGGGCGUUAUGGGAUUCCCAGGACAAGAUGGCCGUCCCGGUAAACCAGGACUACCAGGUUUGGACGGCAUGAAGGGCGGCCCGGGACCAGAGGGUGGCCCUGGUCUGCCUGGUCAAUCAGGCCGUGAUGGACUCAAAGGAGAGCGUGGAUUGGACGGACUCCCUGGCCAGAAGGGAGAACUCGGUGAACCAUCAGCUGCCGGAACCAAGGGAGAACCAGGGAAAGAUGGACCAACCGGACUACCAGGAACACCAGGUCGAAGCGGUCUGCCAGGCCCAGACGGACCAAAGGGUGACAAGGGUGACCCAGGACGUGGUCUGCCUGGAAUUCGAGGCACGACAGGACUACCUGGCCUCAGUGGUCUACCAGGAGAGCCAGGACUGCCUGGACCAAAGGGUGAAGAUGGACUUCCAGGAUUUAAUGGACUUAAAGGACAGAAGGGUGGAGAUGGCCUUCCAGGACGCCCAGGUCUCACAGGUAGAGAUGGCCUACCUGGAAUGAAGGGAGCUCAGGGUCUACCAGGCCUUGGAGGACCAGAGGGAACCAAGGGAGACCGCGGUGAUGAUGGACCGAGGGGUCUUCCAGGAGAUGCGUCUGAGGAGGGUAAACCAGGACCCGAGGGACCACCUGGACCUAAGGGUGACAAGGGUGAGAGGGGUACCUCAGGUCUUCCUGGACUCAGAGGUAUAGUUGGUAUGAAAGGUAUAAGAGGGCCUGAAGGUCAAAAGGGUCUGCCUGGUUUACCUGGUCCCAAGGGUAAUGCUGGCUUCCAAGGGCUGCCCGGUGUACCAGGGGCUAAGGGUGACACCGGCCUGCCUGGAGAAUUUGGGCGCCCCGGCCUCGACGGCUUGCCCGGUCUAAGAGGAGACAAGGGUAUAGAGGGCCCAGCUUGUGAUGAGGUGCCUGGAGUCAAGGGCAACGAAGGUCUAAAGGGUGACGAAGGACUGCCUGGUCGUGAUGGCUUGAGUGGUCGGCCAGGACUGAAGGGUGACUCAGGUCUUCCUGGAUUAUUGGGUCAGAAGGGCGAACCAGGUCGCUCCUUGGAGAAGGGUGAACCUGGCCUGCCAGGUGAGAAGGGACUGCCAGGAUUACAAGGUGUCCCAGGUAGAGAAGGUCCACGAGGCCUCCCAGGCGAAUUCGGGCCCGAAGGCCCAAAAGGUGAACGCGGCACUGACGGGCGUCCAGGCCUCUCUGGCAUUCCCGGCAAGGAUGGCCCCAAUGGACCAAAGGGUUCACCCGGCACACCUGGUCUGCCUGGCGAGAAGGGUGAAAAGGGUCUUCGAGGCCUCCCAGGGCCUGAAGGACGACCAGGUGAAAAGGGAGGAAAUGGACUCCCUGGACUUGAUGGACCCUCCGGUCCUGUCGGUCCAAUUGGACCAAAGGGAGACAAAGGAGAGCGAGGUCUGCCAGCAGACAUUGGCAACAUCGUCGGAGUUAAGGGAGACAAGGGAGACAGAGGUCAAACAGGGCGUCCAGGUCAGCCCGGUGAGAGUGGCAUAGAUGGUCUGCCAGGCAGGCCAGGACAGAAGGGAGAGAUUGGCCCGCUGGGUAACCCUGGCCUGCCCGGACUUGUUGGAUCUGAUGGUCUGCCUGGUGACCCGGGUAGGUCCGGUGAGACUGGUCUCGAUGGACUGCCAGGUCCACGAGGUCUCAAGGGAGAGCCUGGUCUGCCAGGAUCGGCCGGCAGGGUCGACCCGGCUGGAUAUCUCGUAGUCCGCCACAGUCAAACCACCGAGGUGCCCGUCUGUCCAAAUGGCCAAAUCAAGCUCUGGGAUGGUUACUCCCUGCUUUACAUCGAGGGGAAUGAGAGGGCACAUAACCAGGAUCUAGGUUUCGCUGGCUCUUGUCUCCAGCGUUUCAGCACGAUGCCGUUCGUCUUCUGCAAUUUCAACAACGUCUGCAACUACGCCAGCAGAAACGACAAAUCCUAUUGGCUGUCGACGACGGCGCCAAUUCCCAUGAUGCCAGUUCUGGAGCAGGAGAUCAUCCCGUAUAUCUCCCGAUGCACUGUCUGUGAUGCCCCAGCUAAUGUGAUCGCAAUCCACAGUCAGACGAUUAAGAUUCCCGAGUGCCCACAAGGUUGGAACUCAUUGUGGAUUGGAUACAGUUUUGCCAUGCACACUGCUGCCGGGUCUGAGGGUGGUGGCCAAUCUCUGUCGAGUCCCGGAUCCUGCCUAGAGGCCUUCCGGGCCACGCCGUUUAUUGAAUGCAAUGGUGCUAGAGGAACAUGUCAUUACUUCGCAAACAAAUACAGUUUCUGGCUGACGACAGUCGACAAUAACCAGCAGUUCUCACGACCGCAAUCACAAACAUUGAAAGCCGGAAACUUAAGAUCUAGAGUCAGUCGUUGUAAUGUUUGUAUAAAGAAUAUUUAGGCGGACAUUUUGGACAUUUUUGGAAAAAAAAAAAUGGUGAUUCUGUCACCGAGGGUGCAGAAAUCGCAGAAGAAACUAUGCAAGUAUUAUCGGGAUCGGUUUCUGAUAUUCAAAGCUUUUUUCCUGAUGCUAAAAACCGUGACAUUUUUGUGAAUGCGCUCUCAUAAGUGUAAUGCAAACUAGUUAAGCAUGAAAAUUCCAACUCUGAUGCAUGAUAUUAGAUUAAGUUUUCUGCUGCAAUUGUGGAAUUUGAUCGAUCACAAAAUUGAAAAUGAGCAAAUUUCCCAACAUAUUUCAUGGUCGAAGACAUCAGAAAUGAAAGUGGUCAACAUGGAACAAUCUUUCGAAUUAUGUUGACACCGAUGCGAUUUAAAUAGUCUCACACAAGUCACUGAUGGCGACAUAAUGUGGUAGGCCUAAUUACUUAAUUGAAUAAUUGAUAUUAUCAACAUUUAAUUGAUGCUGAUUGAUAGAUAUUUCAAUUUAAAGAAAUAUCGCUAUGAAUUGUAAUUGAUAUAAUUAAGAUUGAACAAAUUUAUAUAUGAUGGUGCUAGCAUUAGUUAGUCAUGCUAAUUUAGCAUUGAUUGUUUCGUUGCACGGCUUGUCUUAGAGUUUGAAUGAAAAAUGGUACCGAAAAAAUACUCAAUGUAUACUGCACUGAAUGAAUUAUUGUCCAUAACUUUUAUAUCAUUUUCGCAUAAUAUUUAUACAUCACUGUAUAUAUUUUGUUACUGAAAUAAAUGCUCCUUGGGGUCCAGUCUUAUGCUGGCAGUAAUGAGAGGAAAGCCCCUUACAAACUGAAGGCAACUUUCGCACAAGGAGUACAGUUUUAUCGACCUCAAUUUUCAAAAAUAUUUUAAACCUCAAUAAUGUCGAUACUCAUUUUAGAGAUAUUGGGGUACUCCGAUCUAAGAGUUUCUGCAGUACUCUUGCAGUACUCUUACAUCAGUACUCAUCUAGGACGUCCUGAAGUAUUCUUGAGGUACUCAUCAAGACUACAAUAGGGGUACUCUUUGCAAGACUGAAUCAGUACUCAUCUUGAGGCUAUGAGUACUAUGUCAUAUAACAAUCUUACAUUUAGGAGCCAUAAUGGACUUGUCCAAAACUUGGAAAUGCUCUUUGGGUGGGUCAGUCCAUUGCGUCUCAAAGGGAGAUAAAAUGAAGUUGGCCAGUGUUCACUGCUGUGUAUUUCAAUGUAGAAUCCAUGUACAGAGAUACUGUGAUUAUAUAUGUUGUAGACAUUGAAGUUCAGUUCAUCUUAAGUUGACCUGGUUUGUGUGUAUGUUUGUACAGCUACCUGUACAUCAGUUAACAUUCAUUUCAUUCAAGCCUUAGUUGAACUGAACUUUUAGCUGUAGUAAUGCUUUGUUUAUUGCCGAUGUUAUCCAGUGUUGCAUGAUGGGAAGAAUGACAUCGGUCCUGGUGCCACACCUCAUUUCAGACCUUAGAAACAGCAUACAGGCCGCUCAAACUGGGUAUUGGUCUAGGCCUAUACAUACUUGGUAUUAUUAAUAAAGAUACUUGAAUUUGAAUCAAAACAUGUCACUUUUCCCAUAAUGCUGUUGGAGAUAUCGUACGCUCUGCUUGUAGAAAAUAUUAGUCAAAUAAAAACGAUAUUUGUAAAACCUUGUUUCUGAUUGAUUAAUGACAUGCUAAUGACAUGCUAAUGACAUGCUAAUGACAUGCACAUCUUUUAAUGAGCCAGCAACUAUUUUGAUACAAAAACUUUCAAAGAUGUUUUUUGUUGGCAGCACUAACUCCCAUUAGGUAGAAUGAUGCCUGGAUUAGUUGCCUGUAACUUCAAAGUGAUCUGAAACAUGCCAGUUGUACUUGCAUUAAAUAAGAAAUUCAUGCAUUUAAAACCAUCUCAUUGCCUCAUUCUUACAGCUGGCAUGUUUUUGGUGAACUUUCAAUAGAAAUACCUGACCCCUAAUUCAUUUUUUUGACAAUUUAAUAUCUAGUGAAAAUGCUGAGUUGUCAAGGUAUCUGACUUCCUUGUAACCAUGACUGAUCAUGGAGAAUAAAGAUCAAAUCAUCCAAGAUAAAGAA